AGGUAAAUUUCAUGUCAAGUAAUGUUAGUCCUUAAUCAGUGAAGCCAUCGUGUGAAAACGACUGUAUCUAUAUAUUGUCAAUUUUGUUAUUAUAAGACAUACUAAUUAUUAUUUAAGACAUGCAGACUGUUUGCUUGGAGUGCGGUAAAGUCUUUGAACUAAAUUUUCCGAGGAGGACCUGAAUGUCGCAAGAGUCAACACAGUCCAUUGGUGUUUUCGUCUCGAUCUUGGCUGUGUUUUUUGUGGAUAGUGAAGACGUUUUAAAUCAGAAACGUAAUAAUCGCCCUUGCUUUCUUUGGUUUUAUUUGAUCAUUCAAACAUACACAUGCAGUUGCAUGAUCCAAAUUACAAAAACGAAGAUGACAUCUAAACUGAAAGUUGGGAAGGUCGGCUCCAAGAAUAAGGAGGAUGCUCCUUAUGAGCUGGAGAGCCAGUUUGUCCUGAGGCUGCCUUCGGAAUAUGCAUCAACCGUAAGAAGGAUUGCCCAGUCAAGCAGUAUGAACAUGAAAGACAGACUCACCAUUGAGUUGCACCCCGAUGGCCGUCAUGGCAUAGUGAGAGUAGACCGUGUCCCUUUGGCCUGCAAACUGGUGGAUCUGCCCUGUAUGAUUGAGUCUUUGAAAACUGUGGACAAGAAGACAUUUUACAAAACUGCUGAUGUCUGUCAGAUGCUGGUGUGUACACUAGAUGGAGACCUUUACCCUCCUUUAGAGGAGCCAACUGGCACCGACCCUAAGAGCAAGAAGAAGGAUAAAGACAAGGACAAGAAAUUCAUUUGGAACCACGGCAUUACCUGCCCUCUGAAGAACACACGCAAGAGAAGAUUUCGGAAGACUGCGAAAAAAAAGUACAUUGAGUCUCCUGAUGUGGAAAAGGAGGUGAAGAGAUUGCUGAGCACAGACGCCGAGGCUGUCAGUGUCCGGUGGGAAAUAAUAGCAGAAGAUGAGUCCAAGGAAGCAGACCAGCAUGGUUCUCUGGCCAACCUGGACUCCUCUCCUGGCACCUCAGGACACAAGAUAGGUCACGGGUCGUCUGCCCAGCGUGAUGAACUGAGGGAGAUCUUCAACGACAUCAGCAGCUCCAGUGAGGAUGAAGAGGACGAAGGGGACCGACACGAGGACGAGGACCUGAAUAUUAUGGACACAGAAGACGAUCUGGUCCGACAGCUCCAAGACAAACUCAACGAGUCUGAUUCUGCGCAGAAUGAAAGUGACAGAAACAACCAGAUAGUUAUGGAGUAUCAGGUGCAGAUCAACAGCAUCAAGGCCAAGCUUCAGGAUACCCGCGCCCGCAAAAAACAGCAGGAGGAGCUCAUCAUGAAAGUGGAAAACCAGGCCCUCAAAAACCGUUUCCAGGCCUUGUUGGAUGAGAUUAUUCAGCAGGAGGAGCGGGAGAUGGAGCAGCUGGCCUCCCUGCAGGAGCAGCUGGACUCACUGAUAGAGAAGUGACCACCAGGGGGCAGCCUCAUGUCAUCUUCAGCCACACACAUACACACACCAUGAAGAGGAGGGGAAGAGUCUUCAUCCGGGGAGGAGGGAGUCUUUAUUAGCAAACUUGCUGUGUCAUUCCUUUCAGUUUGUCAUUUUCAUACAUUACACAAACUGCAUACUGAUUUUUGUUGUAUUAAAAGUUCGUAGGUUUUAUUAGGUUGACAGAAUUUGCUGUUCCUUACAAUAUUUCAAAAAGUAU